UGUACGGCUGAAGGGAGGGGGCGGAGAAGGGGGUGAGGCAGGGCCGCCCGCGCGGCCUCCAGCGAUGGUGAUCUGUUGCGCGGCGCUGAAUUGCUCCAACCGGCAGGGCAAAGGUCCCCGGGGCCGAGUGGCCGUCUCUUUCCACAGGUUUCCAUUAAAGGAUUCAAAGCGACUAAUCCAGUGGUUGAAAGCAGUACAACGGGACAAUUGGAUUCCCACCAAAUAUUCCUUUCUCUGCAGUGAACACUUCACUAAAGACAGCUUUUCAAAACGUCUGGAAGACCAGCAUCGGUUACUGAAACCCACCGCCAUCCCAACUAUAUUCCACAUUUCUGAAACAAGGAGCAACAACAGGGGUUAUGUCAAAAGAAAGAGAAAAAUAAUAACCCAGACUCUACAAAGAAAUGGCAAUCAGUCAAAUGAAGGCAAUGGGGAAGUAGUUGAAGGAAUCUUAUCAUCUGGCCAAGACUUGCUUGUGGAAGGAACUAAUAAUAUGGAGCACAUGACUCUUCAAGCUGAAAUUGGGUCAAUGACUGAGCAGGGGGAGAAUUUUCAGGUGCAACUUGAAGGUUCUCUCAGAAGGAUGUUAGCAGAUAACUUAGUUACGAAAGUUACUCAACAUAAGCCAGAAAAGCAUUCUAUUGAGGACCAUUCUGAAGUGGUUAUCCAUCCAGGAAGUUUCAAAAUCGAUAAAAAUGGUAUAUCAGAGGAUGACUUCACACCUCCGGUGUCAGGUGCAUGUAAAUUUAUCGGAUCUCUUCAUUCUUAUAGCUUUUUCUCCAAGCAUACUAGAGAGAAAUCAUCAUUUCCAAAGGAACAACUAGAAAGAAAAAGGUUAAGGAGAAGUGUGGAAUCAAACUGUGGUAACAACCCUGUGGAGCAGGACACUAGGUUUAGAGAAGCCUCCUCUACUUCUUCUCUUACAGCUAUCCCCCAGAAAUCUUCCCAAAACAUGUCUGCAUCCCCUGCAGAUCUGACCCCUAAACCAGCCACAGAAGCUGUAGUAGGUCAGAAUGGAGAGACUGAUGCCAACCCCAUGUCAAUCAAUGAGGUCAUUAUGUCUGCUUCAGGAGCAUGCAAGCUCAUUGAUUCCCUUCAUUCCUACUGUUUCUCCUCUAGGCAAAGUAAAAGUCAAGUAUGUUGUUUGAGAGAACAAGUAGAAAAGAAGAAUGGAGAGCUGAAGCAGCUGAGGCAAAAGAUCAGCCGCUCUGACAGCCAGGUUAGAAAGCUGAAGGAAAAGCUGGACGAGCUGAAGAGGGCUAAUUUCCCCUUCUUGAACAACCAGGACUGUGAAACUGCACAGUUGAAUCCUGUGAUUGAACCGCUCUCCUGGAUGCUGGGCACUUGGCUUUCAGAUCCCCCAGGGGAUGGUACCUUUCCUUCAAUGAAGCCCUUCCAAUACCUUGAAGAAGUGCACAUCUCUCACGUUGGUCAACCCAUGCUGAAUUUCUCUUUCAAUGCUUUCCAUCCAGACACCAAGAAACCAAUGCAUCGAGAAUGCGGAUUUAUCCGCAUCCAACCUGACACUAACAAGGUGGCCUUCAUUAGUGCUCAGAACACAGGAUUGGUGGAAGUAGAAGAGGGAGAGGUAAAUGGGCAAGAGCUUUCUAUAGCUUCCCAUUCAGUAGCAAGGAUUUCGUUUGCCAAGAAACCUCAUGUAGAGCAAAUUACUAGAAAAUUUAGGCUCAAUUCUGAGGGAAAACUAGAACAGACGGUCUCUAUGUCAACUACUACGCAACCAAUGACUCAGCACCUUCAUAUAACAUACAAAAAAGUGAUUCCUUAAAAAGGAGGAUUUGUUUCAUGAAGAAAAAGACAUUGCAUGGAGAGAACUGAAGUAGCUUGAAAGUAAAAUAUGACUUUGCAUCUUCACAACCCAACUCUUGGUUAUCAAGAGUAGAACUGCAGUUGCUGAAGGAGUUUAUUUUCAGUUUCUGUAAUAGUAGACUUACAAAACCAAACAAAAUUGAAAGCCAAUAAAAAAGCUUUUAUUUUUAA